UUCUACAAAUACCAUCCUUCCCCUCUUAACUCUCCACCCAUAUUCUACAUCAAAAACCAUCAAAUGACUCCAUUUCUUUUUCCAGCAACUAUCACUCUUCUUCUAUUUUUCCACCCUCUUCCAACCAUUAGCACCUUUGUACUAGACACAGACGGCGAACCACUGCGAAACGGCGGUUCCUACAACGUCGUCCCAAAAGGGUUUCAUGGUGGUCUCACUCUAACUCAAAAAUCCGAUAAUAAUUCACCAUGCCCUCUCUAUAUAACUCGAAAAACUGCAUGUCCUGGAAUACCUGUAAAAAUUUCAUCCCCUUUAAAAGUUCUAUACAUCCCACUUUCUGUUGAUGUUAACAUAGUCUUCACAAACAAUGCUACCACCUGCAUGGAACCACUGGGGUGGCGAGUCACCCCAGACGUGACUACUGGUCAAUUUUAUGUAGCCACCGGUGGUACGUCGACGGUUGUUACUGAUUUCUUUACGAUUGAGGAGGCGGAUGAGAAUGGAAGAUCAGAGAAGUAUGCGUAUAAAUUAAGGUAUUGUCCGUCAUUUGAGGGUGGAGAUGAAAAAAAAUGUGGUGAUGUUAAUUUCUUUCGGGAGGGUUUCGUGGGUAUUACAAAUGAGGAGCCACUUUUCGUCCAGUUCAAGAAAGCUAACGCAAAUCUUGAUUAGACU